UGAAUUGACCCUUGCCUCUCCAUCUUCAGAGGAUGCAGCUUUCAAAGACUUGGCCUCUAUGGUUUUACCUGUCAUGUUUGUUUUUGCUGUUGAACCGCUUUGAGAUUCUAUGAAACCGCUUUGAAUCGCUUUGAGCGCUAUGAAAAGCGCUAUGGAAAUUAUAAUACAUUAUUCUUACUUUGUGGCUGUGGUAACGACGAGAUGUUGAUUUCGAGCCAACCACAGAACGCUGCAGAGCUGAUGGCGGGCAACCACGGACUGUCUAUCACGCGGGAGGUUUAAACAGUCCUGCUUGGGUUCAGAGAAGUUGGCGUGUUACUUGUUUACUUUUUCUAUUAAUUUAUACCACCGAUUUUUGGGUUGCCUAUUUCAGCAAUUACUUGGGGAGAUGUCACACGAAAGGUCUUUGCAGGAGUUUCCCUGCCUGAAUGAGAAUUUGGAGGGAUCAAUGCUGUCCCUCUCACAGAAGAGCAAAUGGAAAAAGAGACAGUACUUUGGCGAAUGUCUGGACACGGAGACCACCCCUCACGAGCUCAUUCAGCAGUGGUCACCACCUCACAAGCAGCGGGUGGUCUGCAAGGGCAAAGAGAACGAGGAUAACCAGUUGGUGCUUGCCAGGCGACCAAGGACAAGGAUGGAGUUUUCAGGCUUGUCCUGGGACAGUCUCCCAGAUGAGUUGCUGUUGGGAAUCCUGUCCUGCCUCCCUCUGCAGGACCUUCUCAGGAUGUCCCGGGUCUGCAAGCGCUGGCAUCGCUUGGCGUUUGAUGAGUCUCUGUGGCAUAGUGUGGAUCUGGUAGGGAAAGCCCAGCUAGAUCAAGCUCUUGGGCAGAUGCUUACGGUUGGAGUACUGGGACUGCGCUGCCCCCAUACCUGCAUUGGAGAACCAUGUUUCACCCACACACAACACCUGCAUGUCCAUCACAUGGAUCUCUCCAGCUGCACUGUCACAACCCCGGUUCUAGAUGACAUCAUCUCCCGUUGCAGGCUGCUAGAGAAUCUAAGCUUGGAGGGACUGGAGCUCUCUGACAACGUUGUUCAGUCCCUAUCUCAGAAUACUGAGCUGGUACGGCUCAAUCUGUGUGGCUGCUCUGGAUUCUCCCCCGACUCGCUUAGUCAGAUUCUCAAAUCCUGCUUACGGCUUGAAGAGCUGAACUUGUCGUGGUGUGACUUCAGCACUGAUCAUGUGAAGGCUGUUGUCAGUAACAUCUGCUCCAAUAUAACCCAGCUCAACCUCAGUGGCUACAGACAGAACCUUACUAUGGAAGAUGUGAAAGACUUGGUGGAGAGAUGUCCUAACCUCGUAAAUCUGGAUUUAAGUGACAGUGUUCUGAUGACGAGCUCCAGUUUCCCCAUCCUCCAGCAGCUGCAGUCUCUUAGACACUUAGCUUUGAGCCGCUGCUACCAGAUUCACCCUGCUGCCUUAGCUGAUUUUGAGAAGUUCCCAGAGCUGCAGACGUUGGAGGUAUACGGGCUGGUCCAGGACACCUACCUGCCAAUCCUGAGUAAAGGUUUGCCCCGUCUCCAAAUCAACACCCGGCCCUUCUCAAGCGUGGCCCGUCCCACCGAGGCCACCCGGAGGGACCGCACCAUGUGGGGCAUGACUUGUCGCUUGGUGUUCAGACCCUAGCCAUAACGCCUUCCUAACGCUGUCACUAACAUGUCAUAACUCAUUUCUGUCUGAUGUGGUCAUGAUAUAGGAGGAAUAUUAGCUAUUUUUAGUGUGUCCGUGUCAGACAUUGUGUCUAUGAAUAUUCCAUAGAGCCUUUUGCAAUUUGUUGUACCCUGACACCAAUUGUUCUGUUGAAGAUGCCUGUUGUGUUUUAUAAUGGUGGGCAUUGGGUCUAAGUUAUUAUUGUAAUAGGACAUGUCCUUCGGAUACACAGUAGUGAACGUUUUUAAAUGCUGGUAAAUUGUAUUUCUCCACAGUGACGCUACUUGAAUACCAUGCAACUGAAUUCAUAAGAUUUUAAAGCGUUCCUGUUUAAGAAAUAUUUGAACCCUGAUAAUGUUGAAGACAGAGCUUGUAGCUUUCAGGGAAACACCUUUUUUUUUAACUUGAGAUAAUCAUAAAUUCUGAUUUAUAGGCUGCUGAUAAUGUAUCCAUAAUCUGGCCAAUUUAUUGACUUCCGAACAUUCCAAAGACAGUAAACUGUGCAAAACUUAAAUGUUAUAGAUUGAUAAUGUUUGUUCGUUCUGUAAUGUUUUACCAACUGGAUAAUGGAACAUCAGCGCCAGUUACUGUCUAUCAGCUGUACGCAGUGUUUGCCAGAAAGACAAGGAAGAUUUUGGUCCGAGUUGGAUUAUUGCAUAGGUGCACCACCAUUGUAGCUGGUGAAAUCUCUUCCUCAUGAUGCAAUGGUUAGAAUUCUCUUUUUAAAGUGUUUAUAAAAUACAAAUCUGCAUUUGAAGGCCAAUGUUAAAUAAUGAUGCCAUUUACUUGAUCUGUUGUUUAUUUUAAAGGGAAAAAUCAAUCAAGUUAGUUUACAUCAACCUCUACUUCCAAAUCAAUAUUAUUGGUCACAUAUAUUUAGCUGCUGUUAUGGCGGGUGUAGUGAAAAUGCUUAUGUUCCUAGCACCAAGAGUGCAGUAGUAUCUAACAAUAAAUGCAAAUCUAAAAGUAAAAUAAUUGAAUUAAGAAAUGUAUAAAUAUUAGAUUUCUCAAUGGCGAGUGGCAUUGACUAAAAUACAGUAGAAUAGAACACAGUAUGAGAUGAGUAAAGCAGUAUGUAAACAUUUAACCUGUUUGACAGAAUAAAAGCUGAGGUGGUUAUAAUGUAUACAAAAGUCUAGAUCAGUUGGCAUUCUUGUGGAAAUACAAAUGUAAUCUUGUCCCUAAAUUAGGUACUGAAUAUGAGAACGUGCACUACACUACAGGCAUAUAAUGUAGAAGAAAAUGCUAGUCUCUGCCACAGGGGGGGCACUAGCUAUGUAUGGAUCUGAGCCGUGUCUGGUCUGGUUCCUGUUUCUGCUCACAUUUGGUUUAGAUGUUUAAGAAAAUGUAGAUGUUUCUUUUUAAUUCAUGCAUUUACAAAUAAGAUGCACUGUCAAUGUCUAAAUAAAUGUUUUAUUU